AUGAGUUUGAUUCGCCGCCAGCUUGGUGUGUGGAUGCUCUCCGGAAGGAUGUCUGGCAGGGAUAGUCCACGGACUGCAUCACAGAUGAAGAAUGCUGCGGGAUCUGGCGAUUCCGAUGAAUUGCAAAAGCUUUCGAACGUGAUUUUGCCCGUGCUUAUCCUCUUCCGUAUUGUCAAUGCUCUCAUCAUCCGCACGACCUUUGUACCCGAUGAAUACUGGCAGUCGGUAGAAGUGGCGCACCGUUGGACCUUUGGGUACGGAGCCCUCACAUGGGAAUGGUGGAAUUCCACAGCCAUCCGUUCUCCGCUUCAUCCUCUAAUGUUUGCUGGUCUGUAUAAGCUGCUAGCUGCCGUCGGUCUUGAUUCGCGACUCGCAAUAAUAUAUCUGCCGCGUCUUCUACAUGGAAUUUUAGCCGCGGUUGCAGACUACAAUCUCUACUGCAUGACUCAUCUCCUUUCUGGUCCCACCACUGCGAAGCUCAACUUUCUGCGAUUUAAUCUCCUCACAAAUGGCGCGAAUUUCUACGGCGUCGAGCCCUGGCACUGGUACUUUACCAACGGCCUACCCACCAUGUUGUUCUCUUCGGCUGCAUUUGUCGUCGCUGGUUUUCUUAUAGAUUUUACUGGUACUCUGACCGGUGGUGGCUUGAGAUUCUUCUCAUCAUGGAGACCUAACAUGGUCGCAAAGGAAGCGCGGUUGCAUCACACGCUAUCCAAGUUUUUUGGCCUCAUUGUGGCCUGGACAGUACUAGUCUACAGCUACCUCGCCCACAAGGAGUACCGUUUUAUCUUCCCCAUCCUACCACUGCUCCACUAUUUCGCUGGUCGGGGCUUGGUCUGUGCAUGCAAUGCACUGAAUCGCAGGGGUUGGAAGAGCAUCUGCUGUGUGUUUUCACCAAAGACUGCCCUUGCGCUGUUUCUGGUCCUUAGUCACGUGCCGCUCGCUAUGUACACUUGUCUGGUGCACCAACGCGGCCCGACGGAGCUGAUGGGACUGCUAGGUAGUCAGGGCGAUCGGAAUAAUUGGCCCUCGGCUACACCACUCUCAUAUGAAAACGGGAAAACUCUAGGACCGGAUGAACAAGUGCGGGCCCUUUUUCUCAUGCCCUGUCACACUACUCCGUAUAUCAGCUACCUUCACCGAAACAUUUCCCUACGUCUACUCGCCUGUGAUCCGGACCUCUCUGCUUUGACUGGUGGGGAUCCAGCCGCUUAUGUUGAUGAGGCAGAAGUCUUCUACGCAGACCCUCUGGCUUGGCUGAAAGCGAAAUACUCCGAGUCCCUCAAGCUUCCGCAUUUCAUUGCAAUGUUUGAUCAGCUGCUGCUGGAUGCUAGGUACGGAUCCGGUGUUGCAGACUUCCUCAAAACUCGUAACUACUUUCCCUGCGCCCGUCUCUUUCAUGCUCAUUUCCCGACUCAUCGGCGCCAUGGAAAGUAUAUUCAUCUAUUCUGUCGUCGGGGCUCGCCAUUUCAGUUAAAUUAG